ACUAUCCGGUUCGCGAAGUGUUAAACAAAAUACAAACUAAAACAUGGGAAAGAAUAAACACGGAAAAAAGAAGGUAUAUUUAAGCAACGUCGACGUUCCCCUGUCCAAAACGGACGCAAAGGUCGUGAAAGCAAACGCACCCGUAAACGGGACCGUUCAGCCCCCGAAAUCAAUUCUGAAACCGGCAUCGUCCCAGCAACCAUCAACAUCGACCGAUUGCAACAAAUACGUGGUACCGGAGCUAUUCUCAACCCUAGCCGUGUGCCAGAAGAUUGAAAGAGUAAAAAACACACAAUAUCCAUUAAUCACAAACUCCGGGCAGCUUACACCCAAUAGCAAAAAACAACUGAACACAAAGAUUACAAAGAAGCUCAAUCACCAACCCGAUGCAAAUGUAUACAGUCGACUAACGCCGGUUGUCGUGAACGACAAUCUGCGUCCUCCUGCAGAAACGCGCACCAAAUAUCAGUUCACCGGCAAAAAGGAUCCCGAGCCAACGCUGAGCGAUUAUUUGAUGCCAAUCGAACCGUACAAAAUUGAGUACGCCAUAGCGCUGCCAGUGCAUACCAUGGGCAAGGUACAAGCAGACAAUUAUCCAAACAUUAUAUACGUGAUGUCGAAUCUUGACGGAGAGUUCGGAUUAAGGCUUAAUUAGGAUUAGAGUCAUAUGACCCGAAAUGAAUGCUUCUAUAGGUUUAAUCUAAUAUCAUGAUGCAGAUCGAAUGUAACGCAUUUGAGCAUUUAUUUAUUCAAUUUUGUUCGGUAUUGGAUUGUGCAUUCAGGAAUCUAACACACUUGUAUUAUGUAUUCGUUCAUGGUUUGCCUGGGAAUACUAUCAGAAACGUUUUUUAGUAAAGUUAGGUUUGUAUUAAAUUUGUGUGAAAUUAUGUAUUAAUUUUACCCUUUCACCGGACGUGAAUGUCUCCAUCAUCAUCACAGCAAUACUGUUAAUUCCUGGUACUUUUCCGAUCUACGACGAAUUUAUCCAUCGGGUCAUUAUGUAUGAACAUGCUAAAAGUUUUUUUUUCGCAAUCGUAACGUUCG